GCCAAAGUGAUCACAGAUGAGGCCGACGCUUUUGCACCGAAGAUUUCCAUGCCUCAUUUGCAUUGGCAUUGGUUUGGAAAUCACCUGCGGGCCCAUCACUCCAAGAAAGAGCUCCUCGAAAGGGAAGAAGUCUAUGGCUCAUGGAUGGCAGCCUGGCUGUUCCUGCUGCUUGGGCUGGCGCUAAUGGCGGCCUGCAAGAAGCGUUACGGCUCCCUGCAGGGCGGCCUGGAGGCAAUCAGAGCCAAGUUUCGUCAGUUGCAGGAGGCGACCACGUGCAACCCCUGUGACUACGAUGCCAUCGACGACGAUGACUUUUGCGAGGAACUAUGCGAAGAACCAUACUUUGAGCAGAAUUGGCGCACUCGAAGUGGAGGAGGAAAUUUGGAUCGCAUUCUGGAAAAGCGACGAGAGAAGCUCUUGAUGGAAGAAAAGAAGCAGGAAGAAUUGACAAAUAGCUUUACUUUAUCCAACCUGCCCACACUGCUCAAGAACAAGAAGGCGGAGCUCUUCAACAAGAGCUCGUCCAAGGCGGAUCUGGAAACGAUGUCGCCCGAGGAGAUGAACGAGCUCCUACAAGUGCAAGAGCAGGCAGUUCCCAGGCAGAUCUCCUACUUUCAGUGUGUCAAACCGUACAUCUCUUUGCUUUUUUACGUUGGCUAUAUCGCCCUCUGUGUGCUGGUGCCUCUCUCCACUGCCAACUUGGCGAGCUGUGACGAGGGCCUGCCUUGGGAAGUGCACAUGCCAUUCUUCUACUACUUCCUGUGCUUGAAGGCUUGGGAGGUUGCGGUGUACUCCUGUGAUGACGUCACAGUGAUAGGUGACCUUACUCCGCUGCAAUACCUCCAGACUUUUAUGACCUCCUUUGUUGGGCUGGCAGAUGGCUAUACAGACGCGACGGCCAUCGUCAUUGCACGAUCCUGCGGUUCACCGCUGUGGCGCUGGAUGGCGCUGACAUACGUCAUUGGUGUUGUGGGCUGCCAAUGGCUGCUGAUGGGCGGAGCUACCUUGAUUUUUGAUCACUCCGGAGCUUGCUUUUACAAGAUUCUACAUAUGGACACCGUGGCAUCAUGCAUUAGCAUGAAGCCAGAGGAUCAAAACGCCCUCAUGGCUUGGCGAUUGGUGAAUUGGGUUCGAUGUCUGGCUGAGGAUUUGCCACAAUGCUUCUUCCAGACUUUGUUUAUUCUGACUGUGAAGAAGAAUGGCAUCAUGCUGCUCUCUAUUGCCAUUGGUGCUUGCACAUCCAUCAUGGCUGUCUACAACGCUGCGAAGCGGAUGGCUGGAGCGAUGGGAACCAGUUGGAAUGUCCUCAAGGUGAAGAGAGACAUGAAUCGUGCCAUUGAUAGCUGUGAUAUCGUGGCCUUCGAAAAUGCGGCGGGUGCCGCUGGAAAUCUGCAGGAACUGCAUGGCACUGUGGCGCACGGCGAACGCAUGCUGCGCUAUUUGAGCGCCAAGCCUUGUCGGGUGCACAUCGGUGCACCAGAGAAUCCCGGUCUUCAGACUCACUUGGACACUCCCCAGAGCGAGGAGCACCUCUACAGCUCGCGGCGGCGGACCAUGGAGGAGGCUUCCAAGGCCGCCCUCAGUCGUCAGAAGCGCAUGGAGGCCCUAGAGGCUCCGAGCAGCAGCUCGGCGCGGCGACGUGGAGUGUGGCAUGAGGCACGACACGUGGCCAAGGUCUACAACUCCCAGCGUCGCAGCGUGGAGUUUGCCAUCACUGCUGCGCAGCAACGGGAAGAACGGCUGAAUGCGCUGGUGAAGGCGGGUCCCGGAUGUUGCCACGGCGCCCUGCCGGCCGCGAGUCUCGGGAAGGGCAGACGUGCAGAUGCCUCGUGGUGGAGCGACAAAUGCCAGUCGGGCGAAAUGAUGAGGAUGCAGUCGCAGGAGCUCAUUUAG